AUGGCGCAGACGAAGGACCAGAAGAUGGCGGCGGCUGCCGAGGCCGCGAGCAAGCGCUCCAAGGGCAAGAAGCCUUUGAAAGACAUGAAGAAGUACGUCGUGAUCGGCGUGAGCGCCUUGGUGAUGCUUGGUGCCAUCUACCUUGCCGCCACGGACAAUGCCGGUGGAAAGAAGAAGAGCAGGGAUACCUAUCGAUCCCGGGCAUCGGCGCAGGUCAACGACCGCUACUUUGUGGGCGACGUCACCUCUUACGCCGCCGGAAAUUUCACGGCAGCUGCGAGUCCCUUCUUCAACGGCUGGUCCUACGCAGACGUCUCCUACGGCCUCGACGGUGUGGGCAUCCGUGCUGAGGGCAUGAUCGGCUUCUCCGGGGCCCUGCAGCGCUGUUCGGACGAAGGGGAGGGCCUAGAGGGGGGCGCCGUGCCCCCCAGCUACGACCUGCGCGAGCAGAAGCCAGGCUGUGAAGCCGGCCCGAUCUACGACCAGGGGAACUGCUCCUCCAGCUAUGCGAUUGCAGCCGCCACGGCACUCGCGUCGCGAUUCUGCUUCAGCGAUCCGGAUACAUAUGCGAAGACGCAGCUCUCGCCGCAGCAGAUCGUGUCCUGCGACAAGAAAAGUCAGGGAUGCAACGGCGGAGGCCUUGAUGCUGUCUGGAGCUACAUCGAGCGCCGGGGCCUUUUCCCGGAGACCUGCGUCCCUUUCGCAGGGGCGAAGACGGCGGCGUGCAAGAGCGACUGCAAUCCGGAGCAGAAGCUCAAAGCACUGGACCACUGCCUCAUGGGCGGCGAUAAGCGGAUCAAGCGUGAGAUUUACAAUCGAGGUCCCGUGGUCUUGCCUGUCUACCUGAAGGACGAUUUCCUCGUGUACAAGAGCGGCGUCUACACGCCCACCGACAAUGCCAACCAGCAGUAUGGGGCGAAUGGGGAGCCCCUCGUCACUGCCGUGACGGUCAUGGGCUGGGGCCGAUCCGAGGGGACCCCGUACUGGCUCGUCAAGAACUCCUGGGGCACCGGCUGGGGAGAAGACGGCUAUGCUAGAAUCGCGAUCAACUCCGGCGCCGCACGGGAGGAGUCGGCGGUCGUCGGCUACGCGGCCACCAAAGAGGCGUUGGAGGAAGCCGCAAAGAAGAAGGAGGCCGCUGAGAAGCGAAGAGAGGAGCUGAAGAAGGAGCGUGCGGAGCGUGAUGCGCGCAUCCGGGAGAGGGAGGCUGAACGUGCGAGGGAGGCAGCGGAGAAGGCCGCCGAGGACGAGGAUCUCGACUUCGAGGACGACGAGGAAGUCGAUGUCGACUCGGAGGAAGUCGGAGACGAUCCCUGA